AUUUGACCCCGAUGGUCUUCAUUUUAAAGUAGACAAAAGGGAACCCAGAAUUAAAAGGCUCUUAUGCCCUUUUAAUCCAUUAGCGCUGGGGUUGUAACUCAAGCUCGACUUCAUGAUGUUCAAUGCUUUGCAAAGCCCAGACAUCUCUGAUCAUCAAUACAAAUCAGCAAUGGCAAAAGCAAUUAAGCAAGGAUACGUGAGGGGUGCCCAAGUUAUUUUAGAAGGACGAAAGCCAAAAGCGCUUAACAGUCAUCUGAAAUUUGCUAUUAAUAAGGGACAUCUUGACAUGGUGAAAUUGCUAGUUCAACAUGGAGCCGGGAAAGAUGAUCAUUAUCGUGAUGCUUUUGUGUUUGCAGGGUAAAUACGCUCCAGUGAAGCGAUUGAACACCUAAUAAAUUGUGGUGCAGAUCCAAGCAUACCCUUUGAACCCGCGUCAAGGCUUGUUAGAUGAAUCGAGUGGUCUUCGGAGAGUUUAGUUUCCUCACUAUUGG